AUGCACCGUUUAUAUAUUGCUGCAAGUCGACGUCAGCAAGAUGAAGAAGUAAGACAAGAUGCUAUUUAUGCUGCAUAUAUUAAAGAUAUGAGAGAGUCUUUAAUGGAAACUAAUGAUAAUAAUGAUAAAACGGAGCAUCAAAAAUUUGCACGUGCUCAAACAUUAUCGGCCCUUCGACAAUUAGAUUCUAAACGUAAAACAUAUAUUAUUCAAUUUUUAGUUGAGGCCGAGCUUUUGAGCACAAAGAAAGAAUCCAUUGAUUUAAGUGGUGCUGAUCUAGAUGAUAUAGUACUAUCGGGUAAUAUUGAUUCUCUAUACGAUUUGAAAAGUAUUAAUUUGUGUAAUAUUAUUAUGACAAAUGCUACAUUUAUUUAUGUUGAUUUAUUUAAUACAGAUUUUAGUGGUUCAACAUUAACUGGCUCGUGUUUUGUAAAUGUAUUCCUUUAUUCUACAAAUUUUGACAAUUGUCAGUUAAGUCAAACAUAUAUUGAUGAUAUUGGAGGAGAUCUAAUUGUAAAUAUUGGAAAUGCAAAUUUAAGAGGAGCAAUUUUUCGUGUAUUAGAUUAUCAUCUGUAUAAUACAAUAUUACCAAAUGGUAGUUAUAUGAAUAGCUAUUGGUCAAUUAUAGACAUUGAUCAUUUUAACAAUGAAAAUUUAGUGAAGAAUGGUGACGCUGAAGUUGGUGAAUGCAAAGGGUAUAUCUCAUCAGCAAACGGUCCGCCAUUUGCAUGA